GUGACAUCAGGAAGUAGGCGACUUGCCAGUUCAACUUACUAUAAGUACUUCGUCAAUCGUUCCAUCAGCUCAGUUUGAAUCCUUCGCUCAGGUUCUCAUACUCUUAAAAUCAGCAUCAAAUACGUCUCAUCUUCUAAGCUUCAGCUGGCUCGAUUUAAUUUACCUCUUUAAGAAUUCCUCAAGUAACAUCACUGAAGAUGGCUAAAGGCGCAAACUCUCCUCAACGCCCUCGAUACUGGCUUCUUACGUCUCCUCGUACUGCCUCCAACCUGUUGGUCAAGAUGCUCAACCUCGACGACCAGAACGUACGUCCUGCCAGCCACGGAGGAUACUUCUUCCUUCCAUCUUUGCCCAAGCACUUCUUGGUAGCUGAGAAGCCUAUGGACACAUGGACGGAGGAAGAGAGUGCGACAGUGAACAAGGUAAUCCAGGAAUGCUCUGAAAGAUUCCAAGAUUAUAUCGCCGCGGCCGAGAAGGAAGGUCAGGUUAUUUAUGUAAAGGAACACUCUAUCAUGUUGAACCAUCCUCGUUGCGAGGAUACUUAUGUCAAUGGCUCAACGGGAUCUCAGAAAGAGGCGGUACCACUUCCCAUGAUGGGCAUCACUCAACCGACUCGGUCACCACUCAAUCUCACACUGUUUCCAGAUGAGUUUCUCAAGACGUGGAAUCCGACUUUUCUCAUCCGCCACCCUGCUCUGAUGAUACCGUCUUUGUACCGCACAUGUUUCGGCAAGAUGGAAUGGGAGGGUUUCAAGCGCCCAAGAAAGGAGCCCAUGACAGCAGAAGUCACUAUGAAGUGGCACAGAACAUUGUACGACUUCUUCUCUGAGCACUUUGCGAACGACAGUAUUUGGCCUAUCGUCAUUGAUGCCGACGAUGUUAUGACAUGCCCUCAACUGGUAGGAAAGUAUGCACAGUUGACAGGUCUUGACGAGAGCAAAGUCCGCUACUCAUGGGAUAAGGCAGGAGAGGAAGAACUGAACAAGCUGAGCCACGUGGAGCAGAGGAUGCUUAGCUCUAUCAACGCUAGUACCACGAUUGACCAGAGUAAAGUCGCUGGGAAAGUUGAUAUUGAUCAGGAGGUAGUCAAGUGGAAGGCCGAGUUUGGCGAAGAAGGGGCGCAAAAGCUUGAGCGAUGGGUGAGAGACGCUAUGCCAGACUAUGAGUUUCUGCAUUCCAGGAGACUCAGGUUGGAGCAAGAGUAGUAGGUCACAUGACUAAGGGUCCAAAUGUACCGGUGGUGGAAGAUAUAUCAUAAGGUUAUCGAACUCAACAUCAGGUCUACAGAGUCGCACAAGGUAAUCAAUUCAAUAAGAUGUUUCUAA